AUGGCCUCCAAUCGCAAGUAUGCGCAAGUUGAUGCACCACGCAGUAAGCUCCGCCCCCUCCGCGCCUGCAAGUGGCGAGAGACAUACACAGCGCACAGGACCCUGGAUGGGGACUGUAUUGGGCCAUCGACACACGAUCCAUCUCUCUGUGCUUUGUACAUCUUCACCGGAGUUAAUGUUACUCCUGAUGAAAUACCUGAGUGCUAUGGGAAUUCAAGUAUAUGCCCAAAUAAUUCCAGAUCAGGCGUAGCUUACUUUGACCUUACAGAAACAUCUCCUCCAACCAAUGGCAGCAAUUCCACUUCCCUCUCAGACACCAGAACCAUUACCGGCCCUGCUGGGUAUGUCAUGAAUUCCACAAGAAAAAGCAUGGAGUGUUCAGCAUUAUGUGAGAUAUAUUUGCAAGAGCAAAACAAAACUCUGAGUUAUUGUAAUCAAAAGGAUCCCAGUUGUAUUCUUCAGAGGUCCACUUACCAACUUCUGGAAGCGUCUUGCCAGAAUAAUCAGACCAAAUUAGACAUAGAGAACAUCACAAAUUCUGCCUCUGGGAUACUCAGUGACACUUCUUGGUCUAAUCUCAGCUCUUCUGAAGUCAGUACUGUGGUAAAUGGGUUCCUAGAGACUGUGGAAUUAUCAAUACUUACUUCAUUUACUAAAAAUCACAGAAACUGGAAUUUCAGCACCCAAGAGAUAGAUGUUGCUAACAAGAUAUCCCAAGAAAACUGUUCUUUCCUAACCAUAAAUGUGGGACUCAACAGCAUGAAAGUCUCAUGUGACCUCCUUCCUAAACCUGAAGAUGGAGUUGUCUUUAUUUCAUACAAGAGCCUCCACGCCAGAUUAAGUGGGAGUUUUCUCAAAUUAUCAGAGGACAUUGAAGAAAACAGCGCUGUAGUGGUUAAUUCAGAGGUGGUGACUGGAAGCAUCACAAGCCAAACAACAGAAAACCUUAACCCCCCAGUGACGCUCUACCUAAAUAAUCUGAAGGCCCAAGACUCCUCCCAAAUAUCUUUGUGUGUAUUUUGGGAUCCUAAGCUGAGUGGAUGGUCACAGAGAGGCUGUAUCAUCAUAUCUGUCAAUGUCUCCCACACUGUCUGCUCCUGUGAUCAUCUCUCCACCUUUGCUGUCAUCAUGGCUCCCUGUAAUAUAAAGGAAAAUCGUGGCCUUCACCACAUCUCCCGCAUUGGUCUCAGUGUAUCUCUUCUCUGCCUCUUUCUGUCUCUUCUCACGUUCGUCCUGUGCCGUUCCCUGAGGAGCCCUCACACCUCCAUGUUGAUAGCACUGUGCGGAUGCCUCUUUCUGGGACAACUGAUCAUAUUAUUUGGCCUACAUCAAACCCAGUUUAUAAUACUCUGCUCUAUCAUUGCUGGUUGUCUCCACUACAUUCUCCUCUGUGCUUUCUGCUGGAUGACUCUGGAGAGUGUUCUCCUCUUCCUCACUGUGAGAAACCUGAAAACAAUGAACUACUUGACAUCCCAACGCUCUCACUUCCCAACUGCCUGUCUCAUUGGGUUUGGGGUCCCUGCAGUUAUAGCUGCCAUCUCAGCAGGAGUUUAUUCUGAUGGAUAUGGUACAAGGAAACAUUGUUGGCUCAAUCUAAGCCUCAUUUGGAGUUUCAUUGGCCCAGUUUGUGUGUUCAUCACCAUAAAUACCACACUCCUGAUUUUGACAUUCUGGCUUCUCCAAGUGCAACUAGCAUCUUCACACACAAAAGUCUCGAGUCUCAAGAACACCCGGUUACUGGCCUUCAAGGCCCUGGCUCAGCUCUUUAUACUUGGAUCUACUUGGGUCCUUGGCUUGUUCCAGUGUGGAACUGGGGCCAUUGUGGCAUCGUAUCUGUUCACCAUCUGCAACAGCCUCCAGGGCGCAUUCAUCUUCCUUGUGCACUGCCUGCUCAAUCAACAGGUAAGGGAGGAAUAUCGCAAAGUUUUCAACCGACUGCAUAUUAAGAAGCCAGAGUCAGAGACUGUAUCAGGCAGCAAUGUCCCUAUGACCUUGAAAGCCAUACGCAGACAGAAUGUGCACUUUGAACUACAGAUCUGA